AUGUUCGGAUAUAUUUUAGCAUGGCUAUGCUAAUUCAUUGAUAAGACAAUAACACUUAUACGUAAAAGGUUAAGACCGAAAACAAGGUUAGAACUCAGACGUUAUCACUAAAUUCCUAGAACAAAUUCAUUUUACACAGGAAAAUUAAGAUUAUUGAUAGGAUUAGAAGGGACUCUCGUUUGUACAAGUUAUACUUCUAUUCCAGGAUGGGAUAAAAUUAAUAUCAAGUAUAUUUUGUCAUAAUAUUUCAUGCAGAUAUCUUUCAGGAGUGACCCAAGAUUUUUAUGUUAAACAUAGACCAUAUCUAGAUGAAUUUUUAUUGAGUGUGUCAUAAAUUUAUGAUGUGAGCAUCUAUACAACCCAAAUAUAAGAUUUUGCAAUUCCAAUAAUAAAUCGAUUUUGCAUAAAAUUAAAGCAUAAUUUUUACAGAUAAAAGUAAAUUUUAUUUUUCACAUAGUCAUGUGUAAUAUCUCGUAAUAAAAUCAGAAAAGAAAUUAAUAUGACAACAUCUAAUCCUCAUAAUGUAAUAUUUGUGGAUUAUGAUGAGGAUUAAUGUUUAGGUAUAAAUAUUAUAAAUUCAUUAAAGCAAAUUCUGAAAAUGCUUAUCCAAUAAUAUAAUAUAAUGGUUAAGAUAAUGAUAUUGAAUUGUUGAAAUUGAAGGAUUUCUUAAUACAAGCAGAAGCAUAGAUGAGAGUUCGUAAAGAACAUGAUCCUGGUGUUACGAUUUAGGAUAUACUUUAAGAAAUGACAGCAGAAGAUUGAA